AUGACACUACCCGCCAUCUCCAUCGUUGGAGAAGAACACGCAAAUCAGGCAGCCGAAGUGAUUGCGGCAGCCUUCUCUAACUCCCCCUUCACAGGAUAUUUGCUGCGCAACGCGGAUUCCACAUGGCUGUCCAAUCAGAUCCCUUCUGAGAUCAUCCUUCCUCAUUUUCAAGAGAGCACACCUAAGAAACUCAAGUAUGGCGCCGAGCUGGUAGAAGCAGGAAACUGGGCUGCCGUCGCUGUAUGGUUCCCACCUGGACGUUCCAUUCCCAUAGAGGAUAAUCCGGACCCCCGAGUGAAAGAGUACCGCGACACGUUCGCACAAAUCAAGAAACAGCAUCUACGUGGUCGGGAGUAUUGGUAUCUCAAUCUGAUAGGCAGACAUCCAAAUCGAACGGAUGCCGGCGCUGUUCGAGCUUUAAUCGACCCAUACUUGAAAAAGGCCCGAGAGCAGGGCGCGGCAGUAUGGCUGGAAGCCAUUACUGAGCAUGGAAAGCAGGUCUAUGAGCAUUUAUCUUUUCGGACAGUAGCAGAAGUGCGCAUAGGGGUUGGAAAGACCAAUUCGAAGGGCGAGUUUGACGAGAAUGGGGAAGGUAUUUUGGUAUAUGGGAUGAUGGCUGAAUAG